UAAAUAAAUAUCUAAACAGGAACCUGUUAAGAGGAAGAAAAGGAAGAAGCUGUGAUUUAAAUUUGAAGUGAUCUGAAAUAACCACGAAACAACCUCAUCUCAUCGCGAACUUAAAGCCGAUACUUUCAAUGUAAAUUUGUUAUAUCGGAGGAAAAGCUUUUGGAGCUAAUGUUAUAAAGAAAAAAAGAGUGAGGUUUUUUUCACUAUCUGUAUAAAGGGACUAAAUUGAUAGUUAAAUCAGAAAGCAUGUCCAUGCUUGCGGAGCGCCGUCAAAAGCAAAAGUGGACCCUUAAUCCACGGGGGAAGUUGUGGACUGAAGACUCCAAAAAAUAUGGCCAGAGGAUGAUGGAGAAGAUGGGUUGGACGAAAGGAAAAGGACUUGGCAUUCACGAACAAGGCAUUCCAGAAUUUUCCAGUACUAUAUUCAAGAAUGAUACAACAGGUAUAGGAUAUGACAAAAAUUUUGAGCCAUGGAUUGAACACCAGAAGAAUUUUGAAGACAUUUUGCAGCAACUUAGCAGAAAUCAAGAUCCAGACACUGUUGAAAAAUCAGUAAACGCGGAUGCUAAUAUCAAUGAACAGUCUACUGAACUGAAAUCUAAGCAAAGUCAUGCUCGUGUACAUUACAAGAAGUUUACGCGUGGCAAAGAUGUAAAUAGAUAUAAAUCAAAAGAUUUGGCAAAUAUAUUUGGCCAAAAAGCAUUAGUUGAGAAAACUCAAGUCAUGAUAGAAAAAAAUGAUAAUAUUCGUGAAGAAACUGACGUCAGAGACAAUUGGUAUGGAGUUACCACAAUUAAUGGCGGUAACAUGUUUGACUACUUCAAACUUAAGUCAAAUUGUAAUAAUAUGACAAAUUACCUGAAAUAUAAUGUAAAGCCAAAAAAUGAUACAAACUUACCAAGUAAUGUAACUGAUAAUCGAACAACUGAUUCUGAAAGUGAAAAUGACCAACACAUUGGAUUCGGGUUUACACCAAAAAUAGAAGAUACAUCAAUGUUUAGUUCUGGAGCGUUAAAAGAUUCUGAUGAUAAGAGCAAUUACGCUUUUGAUAAUCCUUGCUUAGGAUUGAAUAGUUCUGUAGAAAUUGCUUGUAGCACCAAUAAUUCUUCUAUAAAGUCUAUAAAGAAAAGAAAGAAGGAUUUUGAAGGUGAUAAUUUGCACAUCACUGAAAUAGAUAAAAAUAAUACCAGAAAAAAAUUAAAAACUGAAGCUAUUGGUAGUGCUUAUAAAAAUGGUUUUAUUAAUCCAGCUCUUAAUCUAGAUACGAAGUCUGAGAAAGACUGUAAUGGCAACGAAUUUGAAAUAUCUAGAGCACAGUUUGGCCUUGAAAAUUGUGGUUUGGAUCUGACAGACGAAAAAAACAAGAAACGUGUAACAUUUAACGAUCAUGUCAUGUUGUACAACUAUAAUAUAAAUUCUAAUAAGAAGAAAAAGAAAAAAGAAGCCACAUUGGAUAAAUUUGAAGUUGAAAGUAAGAAGAACAGAAAGAAACGAAAACAUGAGAGCAUUGCGAUUUCCACAAUGAACGGAUUUGUUAAUGAAGCAUUAGAUGUACAAAUAUUAUUCGAAGAAAUUAAUGAUAAUGAGUUAAACGAACAUAAAAAUAAAAAAAUCAAGAAGAGGAGGAUAACUAAAACAUCUAAUCUGGAAACAAUACAAGAGUCACCAGAAAAAGAAGUUGAAAUUAUUAUAGAAUCAGAAAACACUUUAGAUUCUAGUAUUAUUAAAAAUGGGGAAAUAGACAAUAUGGAACAAAAAUCGAAGAAAAAAAAGAAGAAAGACAAAAAAAAGAAAAGAGCCAAAGUUGAAGAUACUACAGUACUUAGUACCAUAAACGAAGAACCAGAUAUUGAAAUUAUAGAAAUAAUUAGCAAUAAAAAGAUCCCGAAUACUAAAGAUGAUAAAGAAGAAGAAGAAACAGGAGGAAUAAUCCCUAAGAAAUGUAAAAAGAAAAAGAAAAAAGAUAAAGAAAAUUACAAGAAUGAAAAGCAUAUUCAAACUGAAAUAAACAAUGAUCAACAAGAUAACAAAAUAUUGGAUAAAUCAAAAUACCAAAAUAAUUAUAAGAGUGAAAACGAGGAUGUAGUCAUGAUUGAAACAUUGCAGUGCACAGUUCCUGAGAUUAAAGAAGAAGGAAAACCAUUAGAAAAAAUUAAACAAAAGAAGAAAAAAAGAAAAAGCAUCAACGAAGACGAGUGUUCGAAUGAAAUUAAGUUAUGUAAUAUAGAGAAGAAAAUCUCUAAUAAGGAAAACGCUGACAUAGAAGAAGAUUCAAAUACCAAAAAAUUAGCAAAAAAGGAUAAAAAAAGCAAAAAAUUAAAAGAUAAGAAUGUAUUUGUCAUAGAAGAUUCUUCCAAUCCUAACGAAAAAGUAGUAGAUUUAAAUGUUACAAAACAGGACAACAUAGAAAAGUCAGAAUUUACCGAUACACCUUUAAAAAAGGGAAAAAUGAUCGAUGCUAUUGACAGUAUAAUCAAUAGUCCAUGGAGUGUAAAAGCAAGAAUGUCUAAAAAAAUGCUAAUAACAUUUUUCCAUAACAAUGCAAUAUUAGAAUUUCCAGGUUCUAAUAUUCACAAUAUAAAGGGAUAUGGUACAGAUGUUGAAUAUGAGUGAUAA